GCCGGAGAAACAGCCUCUAACUCCAGUUUAGCAUCCGGAGUUUCCGAGACCAACCGGGCGGCGUGAAAAGUAGAAAAGUCGUGAAUAUAAUUCUGUGCAAGAAGAUGGAUCUGUGGCCGAUAUUGUUGUUUGUCGCUCUCUGCGUUCUCCAGUCGUCCUGCAAACCCAUGGAGAAGAAGGACCGUGUUCAUCAGGACGCCCCGCUAAGCAACAAGGAGCAUGAUGAUGAAGAGAACUUUGAUUACGACCAUGAGGCUUUUCUUGGUCAAGAAGAGUCCAAGACGUUUGACCAGCUCACUCCGGAAGAGAGCAAAGAGAGACUGGGUAUGAUCGUAGAAAAGAUCGAUGCUGAUCAUGACGGGUUUGUUACCAUGGAUGAGAUGAAACGGUGGAUUAAACAUGCUCAAAAGCGUUGGAUUUAUGAAGAUGUGGACCGGCAGUGGCAGGCUCACGAUCUUAACUCAGACUCUUUCGUUUCCUGGGAGGAAUACAAGAAUGCCACUUACGGCUACAUCCUCGAUGAGGCUGACCCUGAGGAUGGUUUCAACUACAGGCAGAUGAUGAAUAGAGACGAGCGCCGUUUUAAAUUGGCCGACCAUGACGGCGACUUGAGAGCCAAUAAGGAAGAGUUAACAGCGUUUCUACACCCAGAGGAGUUUGACUACAUGAAGGACAUUGUAGUGCUGGAGACGAUGGAAGACAUUGAUAAAAACGGAGAUGGUUUCAUCGACUUGAAUGAAUAUAUUGGGGAUAUGUACAGUCUGGAUGGAGACUCACUGGAGCCAGAGUGGGUGAAAACCGAAAGAGAACAGUUCACAGACUUCAGGGACAAAAACAAAGAUGGCCGCAUGGAUAAGGAGGAGACCCGUGACUGGAUCCUUCCCUCCGACUACGACCACGCGGAGGCAGAAGCCAAACACCUGCUGUAUGAGUCUGAUGCCGACAAGGACGGACGUCUCACAAAGCAAGAAAUUGUGGACAAAUAUGACUUAUUUGUUGGGAGCCAGGCAACAGAUUUUGGUGAGGCUCUAGUCCGGCACGAUGAGUUUUAAUUUCAGAAGCUUCACACUUGAAGAAUGCAAAACGGACGAUAAUUUAUUUUAUGAUUUCAAGUAUCCUACACCUGUUGUGAAACAAGUUAUUGCUGUGUUUAUGAACAUUUCUGUUUUUAUACUGCGAAUCGAUCAAAUCCAGUUUUCUUGCCUCUUCGUGACGUCUUUCGCUCAUAGCCGAUGGAUUACGAUGCGUUUUCAAAUGCACUGAUAUGACAUGGUGUUCCGGUCGCAUUGUGAACUGCCAUGUAGAACUUUGUCAAAUAGCAUCAUCGAGCAGUUAUACAGCGACUCUAUGGGUGGAUUUUACACUGCAGUUACCACUUUGCACAUUAAAAGAAUUCUAAAUAGUUUCUGCAACCACUAUAUGUCGAUUUUUGUAUAUUCACACUAAGCGUUAUGUUGAGAAUGACUUUUUUAUUCUGCAUCCAGUUGACUUUAAAUGCAAAGACAGAUAAAAGCUGAUCCAGGAUCAGCAUACCGUUCUGCUCAGCCGUCCUGAUCUGUGCGCGUCAACACAGCAACUGCAUGUCAAGCAAUUAAGCAUCAUAGUAGAAACUGUUCGACUACUUAAUAGGUGAAACUUUUAUUACGUUUUUGUAAGACUGAAUUAAUAAACCUUCUUUCCUCAAGUGCCUUGCCCUUAACACAAAACUGCUUUAACAAAUGUAUUUAUGUUUCUUCGCUGUAGUUUGUACAUGACUGAACACAAACACCUCUCUUAACUUUACUUUAUAGCCUGUGUUUAUCCGUGUCUAUAAAAUAAAUGAAUGUGAACUGUAUUCACUGUGCUCUGGUCAGGCAUUCUAAAUAACUGCCUUAUAGCUGAGAAUUUGUUUUCUCAAUAAAAUUGAAUAAAACC